GAAACUUUGUAACCCGAGCGCGCGCCUCCUCCCAGCCCCCGGGGCGGCGCGGGCGGCGAGGUGGGAGCCGCGGGCGGGAAGGUGGGGGCGCCGGCCGAGCGGGGGACCCCCGGGGAAGGAGGAGCCGGGCGGGGACAGCGGCGGGGGUGGGGGUCCCGCGUCCCCGCGUCCCCGCGUCCCCGCGCCGGAGGAGGAGCCGCUGGAGGCCGAGCGGGCCCGGGGAGGCUGAGCGUGGCCAUGCAGCGGUGACCCGGCCGCGGGGCGCCGGCCAGCGACCACCACCUCCCGCCGACGCCAGACGCGUCCCGAGCGACGCCGGCCACCAUGGACCCCGUGACCAAGUGGAGCCCCAAGCAAGUGGUGGACUGGACCCGAGGUGAGGAAUGGUGGCCUUUCCCAAUAUUAAUAAGUAGCAUUGUGUAGCGCUUUACAGUUUGCUAAGAACUCGCUCUCUGUUAUGGCCCUUGGUCAUCAACAGUAGACCUGCGAGGGUUGGAUGAUUGCCUGCAGCAAUAUGUCCACAAGUUUGAACGCGAGAAGAUCAAUGGUGAACAGUUGCUACAGAUUUCCCAUCAGGAUCUGGAGGAGCUGGGCGUCACCCGAAUCGGACACCAGGAGCUUGUGUUGGAGGCUGUCGACCUUCUCUGUGCACUGAACUAUGGCCUUGAAACUGAUAAUAUGAAGAACCUGGUCCUGAAGCUUCGAGCCUCUUCCCACAACUUGCAGAAUUACAUAAGUAGCCGGCGCAAAAGCCCCUCAUAUGAUGGGGGCACCUCCCACAAGCCUCCCAACGAGUUCCUCACUUCCGUGGUGGAGCUCAUCGGGGCGGCCAAGGCCUUGCUGGCAUGGCUGGACCGGACUCCCUUCACAGGGGUCACUGAUUUCUCAGUGACGAAGAACAAGAUCAUCCAGCUCUGCUUGGACCUGACCACCACGGUCCAAAAGGAUUGCCCUGUAGCAGAAAUGGAGGAUAAAGUUUUAACUGUAGUCAAGGUCUUAAAUAGCAUUUGUGACAAAACAAUCCGUUCAACCACCGAUCCUGUCAUGAGCCAGUGUGCGUGUCUGCAGGAGGUGCAUCUACCCAACAUUAAGCCCGGGGAGGGCCUGGGAAUGUACAUCAAAUCUACGUAUGAUGGAUUGCACGUGAUUACUGGAACCACAGAAAAUUCUCCUGCAGACCGAUCUCAGAAGAUCCACGCGGGGGACGAAGUCAUCCAGGUCAACCGGCAAACUGUGGUGGGCUGGCAGUUGAAGAACCUGGUGAGGAAACUGCGAGAGGACCCCACAGGAGUGGUGCUUCUGCUCAAGAAACGCCCCACGGGCUCGUUCAACUUCACCCCUGCUCCCCUGAAAAACCUGCGGUGGCGGCCGCCCGUCGUGCAGACCUCGCCUCCGCCCAAGGCCCCUCAGUCCCCGGAGAGCACCAUGGACGCCUCACUGAAGAAGGAGAAACCUGCUAUCCUGGACCUCUACAUCCCGCCGCCGCCCGCCAUCCCCUACUCGCCCCGGGAUGAGAACGGGAGUUUUGUUUAUGGAGGAGUCAGUAAGUCGAAACAGCUGCUGCCUAGCCGGAAGGGGUCCGAGUCCCCGAAUUCCUUCCUGGACCAGGAAAGCCGAAGACGGAGAUUCACCAUCGCCGACUCUGACCAAUUGCCCGGGUAUUCGGUGGAGACCAAUAUUCCGCCCGCAAAAAUGAGAGAGAAAAAACCCUCCUAUGGCAAACCCCGGCCUCUGUCCAUGCCAGCCGACGGCAGCUGGAUGGGGAUUGUCGACCCUUUUGCCAAACCUCGAGGCCACGGAAGGAAAGGGGAGGACGCCCUCUGCCGGUACUUCAGCAACGAGCGGAUCCCCCCCAUCAUCGAGGAGAGCGUCUCCCCGCAUUACCGAUUCUCCAGGCCGGCGGGCGAGCGGCAGCUGGUGCGCGGCGCAGACUACAUCCGAGGCAGCCGGUGCUACAUCAACUCGGAUCUGCACAGCAGCGCCACCAUGCCCUUCCAGGAGGAGGGGACCAAAAAGAAGCCUGGCGCCACGGGGGCCAAGUCCUCGUCCACAGAACCGUCCCUGUUGGUCAGCUGGUUGACCCGCCUGAAACUCUUGACUCACUGAACUAUGCCCUCCGGGGCUUGCCACCAGUGCCUUGCGUCCUCAGCUGGCCACCGUUGUGAUUUGCAGCCGCAGUAUUAAGUAGUGACCUUAUGCAAUUCCUUUAUUCCCACCCUCUCUUCCCUCUGUUUUUUGGAAAACCAUCUGUUACCCUUCUUGGGAUCUUGAUGUCCUUGGAUGGGACCAAAUUCGCGCAUCUUGAGUGCUGGCUUACGGAGACGGAAGGAGAUGGAUGGAUGGAUGGAUGGAUGGAUGGACGGACGGACGAACAGAUGGAGCCUGCCUUUUCUUCAGCAGGAUCCAGACAGACACCAUUGUGUGCCGUGGAUCCUGGCCGGUCAACUGAAGAAUUGGGGGGGGGGGGGCAUUGUUUGAUUUGGGAGUGGGACAGAGAUGAGUGGCCUAGUGUCUCAGAAGGGUUGGUUUCUGUUCCAACUUCUUCACCUGCAAGAAGAACCCAGAGAAAUCAGCCUUGUUUAGAGUUUCUUCCAGCUGCAGAGACUGCGUUUGUAAGUGUAGUGUCUUUGAGUGGAGAGAGUACGUUCUGGGGUAUCAGAUGCUCAUUCAAAACAGACGUUUUAAGUGUAGCAUAUUACACUUGGUGAAUUCCCCUUUCCUGCCAGACUCUGGGCAGGUAGGUCAGUCAUGCAGACCUUGCAGACACAUUUAGAGGACUCACCCAUGCUCCGAUAAGUGAGUGGUGAUUGGGGGUAGGGGGGAGGGGGACUGGGGUCUUGUUGUUUUACAUUAUUGUCUUUUAAAGAAAAAAGAAGCUCUAAGAUUUGCUGGCUGCCAAAGUCUCAUUUAGGAAAACGAAGCAACAGUACUUAACGUUUCUGAGUGAUACAUCCAGUUUGCAUUUUGAUCUGUUUAAUGUCCAUCUUUUAGGAAAGAGAGGACCAGUCUUCUCUUUUACAGUUACCAAAAUUGUACACAGUUUGCUAAGUAGAACUGUCUUGAAAUGUCUCACGGUCACUCAUUUUCAACUUAGCGUCAGAUAUCUUGAAAAAAGUGUCUCUGGUAUUAACUCUUGUUUAAACAGAAUGUAUGAUAUUUUGUUAGAAUGGAAAAGUGCUAUCCUGUUAAUUUAAGUGUUUUAAAUAUAGUUGUAUAUUUUUCUUACUCUUA